AUGGAGCACUUCAAGUUCAUACUGAAUCUGAUAUCUAAGAUAAUGGAAAAUGCAACGAUUUAUAACGUGACCCAGGUCGAAGACGAUAAAUUGUAUAACUAUUACAACGGGUCCGAGUUGAAUGACACAAUUGUUAAUGAGACAACAAAAGAGAAGUGCUCAAAUUGUGAGAGUUUGUUGUCAGAAAUAGCGGUCAUCUACUCCAAGAAGUACCACGUGUACGUGUCGUUGAUAGUAUGCAUUUUUGGAACAAUAGCCAACAUUCUUAAUAUCAUAGUUUUAACGAGGAAGGAAAUGGCAUGCGCCCCAAUUAAUCGCAUCCUUACCGGUCUGGCAAUCGCCGAUAUGCUCAUUAUGGUCGAAUAUAUACCGUUUGCGUAUUAUUAUUACAUCGUGCUGCCCGGAAAAAUGAAUUUUCCCUAUUUUUGGGCAAUGUUCAUGCUAUUCCACACACAUUUCACGCAAAUUCUACAUACAAUAUCAAUUUGCCUGACUCUGACCCUAGCCAUUUGGAGGUAUUUUGCUGUAAGAUAUCCAAAUGAAACUCAUAUUAUGUGUACUGAUAUUAGGUGUACUUUGGGUAUUAUUCUGAGUUACAUCUUACCAUUUCUGCUAUGCAUUCCGACGUACUUCAUUUUCAAAAUAGAAUCAACAAAGAUAUUGGAGGAUAAGAACUAUAUACUGUAUCACGUAGAUUUGAGCGGUAUUGCCAAGAAGAACGACAUAUUCCUUCUUGUGAACAUUUGGAUCUACUCAGUCGUCAUCAAACUGUUACCAUGUUGCAUCCUGGUUGUGAUCACCUGCUGGUUAAUAUCGACCCUAAUCGCGGCAAAAAAACGAAAGGAGUUACUCAGGAAUUACAAUAUGUGUUCCAUGCCAGAAGGCAACAAAAAACGGACAAAAAUCGAGAGACGGUCGUACAGGACAACCAAGAUGCUUAUUGCUAUUGUCAUAUUAUUCAUAAUAACGGAAUUACCGCAGGGCAUCUUCGGACUGGUGAUUGGUAUAAAAGGUGUCUGUUUUUUUACAAAAUGCUAUCAAAAGUUUGGAGCAAUCAUGGAUAUACUGGCUCUGAUUAAUGGCUCCAUCAACUUCAUAUUGUAUUGCUGGAUGAGCCGUAUGUUUCGCUUGACAUUUGGUCAACUAUUUAAACCGAAAAUUAUAGCCAAAUGGGCACAAACCACGGAUGAAUGCACCACGUUCAGAAGGACAGAAGAAACUUCUUUCAAUUAAAUUAGCUUUGUCCUACAUUCAACGUUAAAUUAAUAUUCUGAAUUGCA